CGAAUGGUCUGUCUGUUAGGUUGAACUAAAUGGUAUAACUAUAUAACAGGAUUAUUUCUAAAAAUGUUAACACAACUGGCUACAUGCAAAGCAAAACAAUCUCCACAGAGUCGAAACUGAAUCUUCUCAUUAUAUCAAGAAUGAUGUUGCUAUUGUUUGGUGGGGGAAUAAGUUCCGUGAGUUGAGCCAUGGACAUUAACACUACUUCGUAUGCUGAUUUGAAGAACAGACUCGAUGGAUCAUGUCACCAAUUCAUUCCAGUUUAUUCUGAUGGGAUUUGGAAUGAAAGCAACGACGGAAAUAUUCUUAAACAUGCAUUGCUUCGUCUCUAUCUACAAAUUGCUGUCACUUUUAUUCUCACUUCUGUCAUUCACUUGUUACUCAGACGCUAUGGUUUGCCUCGUCUUAUUUCUGAGAUCCUGGCUGGUAUAAUUUUGGGGCCAAGUGUGUUGGGGCACUUUUGGCCAAAUGCAUCAGAAGUUUUGUUCCCUCCACAAUCAGAAAAAGUUGUGUCUGCAUUGAUAUAUGUUAGCUACAUAAUUUUUAUGUUUCUGAUAGCAGUGAAAAUGGAUAUAAGUCUUAUAAAAAAAUGCAGCAGAAGAGAAUGGCGUCUUUGUGCGAGCCUUACAAUGAAUUUCUUAGUAAUCACGUUCAUUGCUUCCUUAUUAGGCAGAACUGCAGACAAGAAAGCGUUUACAAAAGACUGGGUUAGCUUCUUUUCAGGAGUAAUGGUGCUAACAUCAUUUCCUGUAAUAGCUUGCUUACUAAUGCAUCUCAAAAUGGUCAACUCCGAAAUCGGACGCCUUGCAUUAUCAACAGCUUUAGUCACUGAUUUAUUUAGUGUUCUAAUAGUAAAUUUUUAUGAUUUUUUAGACAUAACGAAGGAAGCUUCAGUAAGAGCAGGAGUGAAGUCUGCAGUUCUUUCUUUUGCUCUUGUUGCAUUUAUAAUGACCUUUCUUCGGAAACUGAUGUUUUGGAUCAUCAGAAGAACAACAGAAGGGAAGCCUGUAAAGAAUAUUUAUAUAAUCAUCAUAGUUUUUUUUGUGAUGGUUGUGGCAAUUUUUGGUGAUAAAGUGGGAAUUCAGUUUUUUUAUGGACCUUUUAUAUUUGGCUUGGCGGUGCCUCCAGGGCCUCCUUUAGCUUCAGCCCUGGUGGGGAAACUAGAUACAAUCAUAACAGGAUUAAGUCUACCAGUGUUGGCAAGUUACUGUGGAUAUAAAGCAAAUAUUUGGGAAUUAAACCAUAUGCCACCUGCUUCAAUAACUUUUGCUUUGACUUGGAGUAUAGCAAUGAAAUUGGCUGCAACAUUCGUACCUGCUAUUCGUUUGAAGAUGUGUUUUCGAGAUGCUGCUAUUCUUACUCUCAUCUUGAAUGCCAAAGGCAUUGUUGAAUUAGGCACAUUUGCUACGAACUCUCACAAGCAGACAAUUGAUGCUGGACAUUUUACCAUGGCAGUGGUGGUAAUUCUGAUAGUCGCAAUGGUUGUGCCACUGGCUGUGAGAAAGCUCCAUGAUUCUUCAAAACUAUAUCCAGGCUACCAGCAAAGGAACAUUCUGCAUACUGCUGAGAGUGAAUAUUUGGGUAUACUUGUCUGCACGCAUACACAAGAUGAUGCCAAAGCUGCUGUCAGGCUACUAGAAGUUUCAAAUCCUUCUAAAGGUAGAGGUUUAUCAAUUUUCGGACUUUACUUGGAAUCAAUUAGCAGAGAAUCCACCCCAAUCAUAAUCAAUCAUCAAUUAGGCCAAAAGGCUUCCAAUUCAAGUGGCGCACAUCAACAACCUACCAUCAAUAUUUUCAAGUUCUUCAAAGCUGAACAUUCAAGAUCUGUCAACCUUCAAGUCUUCUCAGCAUUUUCCCUACCCAGUGAGAUGCAUAAAGACAUUUGCUGGAUGGCCUUUGACAAGUCAGUAGCUUUAAUACUGCUUCCAUUUCAUAGGAAAUGGAAUGCCAAAGGAGAAUUGAUUGCAGAUGACCAAGCUUUGAGGAACCUCAACUCUAAGGUACUAGAUGAGCCCCCUUCUUCGGUAGGCAUUCUUCUUGAUCGCAGCAAAAUGAAUAUCUCAUCAUCUACUUUUGUAUCACAAUCCAUCUACAGUGUGGUUGUAUACUAUUUUGGUAGUGAAGAUGAUAUUGAGGCAGUGGCUUAUGCCACGAGGAUGGCUGUAUGCUCCAGAGUUCACCUGACAGUUAUUCAUUUUACUCUGUCCAAUAAUUGUGACCACACUACGAAACGUUCGCCUCUUGAUGAUCUUUCAAUGGGCUUUGAGGAAAAAGAUGAAAUGCUAGGAACUAAUAAUACAAUAUACAGAGAACAGAUUGUCACAGAAGGAGAUGAUUUGGCUAGGAUGAUUCGAGAAAAGGCAGAGAAAUAUGACCUUGUGCUAGUGGGGCGGCGACAUAAUUUGCCAAUCACUUCAUGCCUAUCAGAAUGUUGCGAGUAUCCAGAGCUAGGGUCAGUAGGCGACCUGCUGGCUUCUUCAGACUUCAAUAAUUCUGUUUCAGUCCUGGUGAUACAAAAACAAAACAUUCAGGUCAAGUAGAAGUAGUCUUUCGGACCGGCCAUGCAAACUAAAGAUAUUUCAUCAUUCUCAAGGCCUGCAUUGAUCUUGGUUUUGUUUAGAGGACGGAUUGAAUUGCAUAAGCACUUGACAAUCUAGUUACCCUUGCGAUCGAGCCAAGUUGCAGAAGAGACCACUAAAUGAUGGUAGAAGUUUCAAAUGUCAAAAGCAUUUAGAUUGUAAUAGCAACAUACCCAUUU